AAAAUUUUGAAGCACUUCAUCCUGUCCUUUGCUCCUCUUCCGAUCGGAGUCCUCUGUCCCUCUCUCUCUCUCUCGGUGGGAUGGCCGGUGGCGGCCACCAUCACAACCACCACCAGCGGCCCUCCUCCCACACCACCAGACCCUCCUUUCCCCACUCCUCCUCCUCCUCCUCCUCUUACCGCAAAUCGAAUCACAACCCCCCGGCGCAGCAGUCGCACCCGCGUCUGCCCUCCGACCUCAAGAGACCCGCCGACUCCAAACCCUCCCCCGCUGCCCAUCCCGUCGCCAAACCCUCUCCUAGGCCCGGCCCGUCCCCCAGACCACCCUUCGCCGCUGGCCCCUCCAGCCCCCAUCCCCCGACCUUCCCCGACCCCAUGGCAGCUCUCGGCCCCCCACCACCGCCGUCGUAUGGUUUCCAUAUGCUGGAUCGCCGCACCAUCGUCCUCGCUGACGGCAGUGUCCGGUCUUACUUCGCCCUCCCUCUCGACUACCAGGACUUUCCCAACCGGUUCCUCCCUCCACGGCCUGAGCUCGGUAUGCCACAGGACUACUGGAGCUCCCUUGGGCUCGACUCGGGCAGGCCCAGGCCAUCGGAUGGCCCUGGGAAGCGGAAGUUUGGGGAUGACCGGGCUAUGGAACACCCAGACAGGAAAAGACACCAGCUUGCCGGCCCGAGCAGGGAUGGGGGUGAGCCGUUCCCAUUUUCUCGAGACGGGAAGUACCCGAGUGGAAAUGCGAGGUUAAAGCACCUCGAUGUCGAUCAGAGGGAGCUUAAAAAGGCAUUCUUGCACUUUGUGAAAGCGCUUAAUGAGAACCCUCACCAGAAAAAGAAUUACUUGGAGAACGGGAGGAGUGGAUUCCUUAAAUGUGUUGCCUGUAGCAGGUCCUCCAAAGAUUUUCCUGACACGCAUAGUCUUGUCUUACACACUUACAACUCAGACAAUGCCGAUUCUCUUGUGGAUCACUUGGGGUUGCAUAAAGCUCUUUGUGUCUUAAUGGGUUGGAACUACUCGAAACCUCCUGAUAACUCAAGGAUGUAUCAGUCAUUAUCCGCUAGUGAAGCAGCAGCUAAUCAGGAGGAUCUCAUCAUGUGGCCUCCCACAGUGAUUAUUCAUAAUACAAUUACAGGGAAGGGUAAAGAAGGGCGCAUGGAAGGUUUGGGGAUCAAAGCGAUGGAUAAUAUAGUUAGAGAACUUGGAUUUCCGGGUGGCAAGUCAAAGUCCUUGUACGGAAGAGACGGCCUCCUAGGUAUCACUCUCAUUAAGUUUGCUGCCAACGAAUCAGGCCUCAGAGAGGCCAUGAAGCUAGCAGAACAUUUUGAGAAGGAGAAUCAUGGGCGCAAGGGCUGGGCCCGCCUACAUCCUGUGACUUUGGGCAAGGACGAUGAGAGCAACCCAAACCUCGUCAGAGUGGACGGGAGAACAGGAGAUAAAAGGAGGAUCUUUUACGGUUAUCUUGGAAUAGUAGCUGACUUGGAUAAGUUGGACUUUGAUACAAGAAAGAAGGUCACAAUAGAGAGUCGAGAGGACCAUCUUUCUUCAUAGUAUCUAUUUGGAUAGCAAAACAAGGUAUUCUUCAUUUUCUUUUCCGUGAUUUAGCCAAAGAAUGUGUUAACCCCUUUGUUUUCAUAGAAGAUUAUUUCAUAGUGCUUGGUUUAGAUGAAAUAUUAUUUCUUUCCACCUGAUGAUGGUUGUCGAUAUUAAGUGGCUUUCAGCAUGUUAUUUUUUUAUUUUUUAUUUUUUCCCCUUUGGGUAGUAGAGUAUCUUAUUUGGAUGCCAA